AGGUUUAAGAUCAAGGUAGGCCUUGCGGGUGCGUGCUGAGAGACAGCACUGCUGAGAAUAAACCGUUCGAACCUGAUCAGGGUAACGCCUGCGCAGGGAUUUGGCCGACCUGCUCCUCAUGAACUCCUUGGCUGGACGAUUUGGAGGCAUGCUGUGCCGUGCACAGCGCGCUUCUCUGGGUUGUCGCGCCAAGUCUGCUUUGGUGUCUGCGGUGCCCUCGGAUCCGGCUGCCUACGUGGCCGGCAAGUUGGCCCACUUUGACUCCAUGCAAUUCACACCCAUCCGCGAGAGCACUGUGAGCCGCGAGAUGACGUCGCGCUACAUGUCGGAGAUGAUGGAGUAUGCGGAGACGGAUGUGGUGAUCGUGGGGGCUGGUUCUGCCGGGCUUUCGUGUGCCUAUGAGCUCACCAAGCAUCCGCACAUCAAGGUUGCAAUCCUGGAGCAGAAUGUUGCCCCGGGUGGUGGCUGCUGGCUGGGUGGCCAGCUGAUGAGUUCUAUGGUGGUUCGGAAGCCUGCUCACGAGUUCCUGGACGAGCUAGAAGUGCCUUAUGAUGACAAGGGCGACUAUGUGGUGGUGAAGCAUGCCGCACUCUUCACGGCCUCCGUGCUUCGCAAAACGUUGAUUGCACCCAAUGUCAAGCUGUUCAACGCUGUGGCAGUGGAGGAUUUGCUUGUGAAACAGGAGGGUGACAAGGUGGGAGUGCGGGGCGUCGUCACAAAUUGGUCCCUGGUCACCCAGAACCAUGACACCCAAUCCUGCAUGGACCCACAAGUCAUGGAGGCCAAGGUGGUCGUGACCGCAACUGGGCAUGACGGGCCCAUGGGGGCCAGUUCUGCCAAGCGUCUUGAAUCGCUUGGCGCGCUUCCAGCCGGACUACCAGGAAUGGGCGCCUUGGACAUGAACACUGCGGAAGAUGCAGUGGUGCAGAUGACCAGUGAAGUGGUACCUGGGCUGAUUUUUGCAGGCAUGGAAGUUUCAGAGGCCCGCGGGUGCAACAGGAUGGGCCCCACGUUCGGCGCCAUGCUUUUGUCAGGCCAGAAAGCCGCAAAUCUGGCGGUGCAGAUUCUGAACCGUCAAGGCUAAGCCGGGCCUUGGAGAGGCUUUGGCAUGCGGGUUGUCCUCCGCGUAGUUCCAGUAUUUGUACAGAUUGCCCACUUUUGAAGCAAAUAGAGCCAAGGCGCGCCUGUGCUGAUGCGAAGUAAGGUUUGAAAAUGGCUUGC